AUGGAGCGCUCACAGUCUGACACACUGCCACUGGCUAAUUCCGUCGAAAUUCCUCAGCUUGGCUUUGGCGUUUAUUUGUCACCGCCCGAAACCUGCGUCAAUUCAUGCCUCACAGCCCUGGAAGCCGGCUACCGUCAUAUCGAUACCGCGCAGUACUACGGCAACGAGGCCGAAGUCGGCCAGGCAGUGCAGAAGUCAACCGUUGACAGAAACGAUGUCUUUCUCACGACAAAGGUUCUCGAGGCCGCUGGCUCUGUUGAUUUGACCUACGCGAAAUGCGUUGAAAGCAUCAAGAAGCUUGAUCCCGAGAGCGGCCAUGUCGACCUCUUUCUCAUUCACAGCCCGAACCCUGGUGCUGCCAAGAGGAAGGAGAUGUGGCAGGCUCUAGAGAGGCUUUACGAGGAGGGCAAAGCGAAGAGUAUUGGAGUGAGCAACUUUGGCAUCAAGCAUAUCGAUGAGCUGAAGCAAUUCGCCAAAGUGUGGCCACCGCACGUGAAUCAGAUUGAGUUACAUCCUUGGAACCAGCAGAGAGAAGCCGUAGAGUACUGUGAAAAGAACAACAUCGUCGUCGAAGCCUACUCCCCACUCGUGCGGAACCAAAAGGCCGACGACAAGACCCUCAACAGCAUCGCAGACAAGCACAAAGUCACACCGAGCAAGGUCCUGAUCCGCUACUGUCUCCAGAAGAACUGGGUUCCCCUUCCCAAGAGCGACACCCCGGACCGCAUCAGGGCCAACGCCGAUGUGUUUGAGUUUGAUCUCGACGAUAAGGACAUGAAAACACUAGACGAUCUCGACGAGGGCGCGGCGGGUGCGAUUGUGCAGGCUGUAGAUAACUACUGA